AAAACAAAUCAAAGAGUUAGAGAGAAGAAAAGAGAAGUUAUUAGCAAAGAGUAAACACCUGAGAGAUGAUUGAUCGAUUCUAGCUGCACUGGAGAAUUGAAUUAUCGAUACAGGCGGAGGCUCACCGAUAGACUUGAGAGCGCGACACAGACAUACGGCUUUUCGGGUGUUGAGUGGAAGCUGGAAGAGGAAGAUAAAUAAAACAAGUCUCUGAUUUGAUUACUUUGACGUGAUCGACAUUUUUUGUGUGUGUCUCGUGGGAUCGUCAGCAAGAACCAAGAGCUGUUGGAGACCUGUUACUGCGGGGUACGGUCAAGACAGGUCGUUUUUUGUUUGUAGUUGUCGAGUGAAGCUUGAAAGUAGAACGGGACAUCCAACACCACGCGAGAUAAGCUGCGCCUGAAAGUGACAUUGCGGUGCCGCUGAGGCGUGUUAUGCUAGUGAGCCAUUUUUCGUAACAUAGGAAAACUGAGCCCAAAUUUGGAGCCCUACCCCGCCAGCGUGGAAGGGCUUAACAGCCCUAGAGCGGUGGGGAUGGCCGCCACCACGUACAUGUCUCCCAGUGGCGAGCUGGAUAUGGCCUUGGGCGGCGGGUAUCAUACAUCUUCACCGCGGAGUGCAGCCGAUGCUAACGAGAUGAAGUAUAUGCAUCAUCAUCACCACCACCAGAGUCACCACCAUGUGCCCUCUAGUCCUAGUCCUAACCCGGCCGGUCUGGGCUCGGUGACGGGUGGCUUAGGUAGUGUUGGUGGUAACCCAUGGGCUGCGAUUCAACCGACUGAUCCUUGGGGCCUGCACACUCAUCAUCCUCAUUCCCACCCGCAUGCGACAGAUGUCAAGCAGGAAAUGCAUUUAUCGCAGCAACGAGCACAACAAGGUAUGGCUUCGCCACAUGCUUGGCAUGCACCGGUGCAUCCUGGAACGCAUUAUGCCACCGGAGGAUCUCCACUGCAGUACCAUCAUGCGAUGAAUGGCAUGCUUCACCAUCCUGCUCAUCCUGCUCAUCACCAAAGUGCACCACCUCUGCAUCACACGUUACGAGGUGAAUCGCCUCAGCUACACAUACCACACCACCACCUGCAAGGCGAUCGGGAUGUGAGUGCUGGCGAAGAAGACACUCCGACGUCCGACGAUCUGGAAGCAUUUGCGAAGCAAUUCAAACAGAGAAGAAUCAAGCUAGGAUUUACACAGGCCGACGUAGGCCUAGCGCUCGGUACCCUCUAUGGCAAUGUAUUUUCCCAAACAACGAUAUGUCGAUUCGAGGCUCUACAGUUAAGUUUUAAGAAUAUGUGCAAGCUAAAGCCACUGCUACAGAAAUGGCUCGAAGAGGCAGACUCGACCACCGGAUCGCCAACCAGCAUCGAUAAGAUUGCUGCCCAGGGUCGGAAACGGAAAAAGCGAACCAGCAUCGAGGUGUCAGUGAAGGGAGCCCUAGAACAGCAUUUUCACAAACAGCCGAAACCGUCGGCCCAAGAAAUUACCUCACUUGCCGAUUCGCUCCAACUGGAGAAGGAAGUAGUUCGGGUAUGGUUUUGCAAUCGACGGCAGAAGGAAAAACGGAUGACACCCCCGAACACGAUGGGUGGUGAUAUGAUGGAUGGAAUGCCACCUGGACACAUGGGCCACGGUGGCCAUGGCUAUCAUCCACAUCACGACAUGCACGGUAGCCCGAUGGGAACCCACAGUCACAGCCACAGUCCACCCAUGCUCAGCCCUCAGAGUAUGGGCGGUGGAGGGCACCAUCAGCUUACGGCCCACUAGCAAUCAGAGCACCAGGAGUCCAGCAAUAACCCGGCGGCAUUUCAACCAAUACACCACCAUCAUCAUGCAAUUAUGCAGCCUCAUGCCGCCAUUGCCGUCUCCUCCAACCAUGGGAAUAGCUAUAGCUUAGCAUCGACCACCACAAAUACCUCUUCGCCACCGUCUUCGACGUCGUCGUCAUCUACAACGGCUGCUGGAGUUUCAGCAGCCGCCUCAGGAGCGUCACCUUCGUCGUCGGUGGCGGCCGCUGCUGCCGCGCAAAUGUACAUAGAUCACCGGCAUCACCAACAGCAGCAGCAGAUGCAUGCUAGGCGAAUAUUUCAAGAAUGGACUCUGCAGUUCGGACCAUCCGGAACAGCAACUGGUGCACGAUAUCUCAACUAAAAAAAAAAAAAAUGCCAACUUGGAACAAGUUGGAUCAACCUUUGUGAAAACCAACACAUUCCCACAACAACAUCCCAACAAACGGCAACUUAAACACACAAAACCAAUAACACAAGCAAGCUAGUAAAAUAAAUAGAUGCCCUUUAAAUGAAUUGUUUAAAUCAAAGUUUAAACUCUAAAAAAACAAGCAAAAAGUGGUGACUUAAAUAAUACAAUUGGUGAGAAUCCGAUCGAAACUGUGUUUACCUGUACAUAGGAGAAUAUGAAGAGUAACGAAGUAAGUUUAAUAUAAUCAGUAUGGCGUAAGAAAACCAGAAAUGAACAUAGUAUGAAAGAAAGUAGAAUUUAUAUAUGAGAUAACGAAAAAAAAAAAAAAAAUAAUAAUACAAAACAAACAACAAGAGCUAGAUAGAAAUGAAUGAAGCGAAAUUUCAUGAGCAAAACCAGAGAUGUUCUAGUGAUAUGUAACGAGUAAAAUGUAACACGAAGAAAAACGCAAACACGUGAAAAUUGUUUGUAUUAAUGAGAAAGCAACAAAAGUCGCUCCAAAUAAACGUUCCGUCAGUGAAAACCAGUUCAACUGUAAGUACAUUUGCCCUUUUAGUUCGAGAGGAAAGUGAUGAUAAGCCCAACGAAUGGCUGAAUUCAAGCGAUGGCCUGCCGUGUGACAGCGUAGUAAAGCGACUAAGCAAGCGACGGUGUUGAAAAAUAAAAUACAAAAUUAAGCUUUCUAGUGAACAGCCUUGCAGCUGGAAUUUUUACCAGCUGCUUAGCUAGUAGAAGUGAGAAAUAUUCGUAAAAUUGUUCUGCGGCAAACCUUUGGGAAUAACCCAAGGCUCAGCGGAGGUAAUGGUGUCGUAAAUUUUUGAAGUAUCGCUCUGUGCCUUCUUUGUUUCGUUCUUUUCCUUCUUAAAGUAGUUUUCUGUUCAUUUCUGUGUCUCGUGCGGGAAAUUUCCUGUACAGGAAAUUCCGGUAGUAUCCUUUUACGACCGGAGCCCCGACCGACGGCAGGCCGAUUAGUGAUGAUUGCUUUCUCUCUGCCCUUUCCUUUGUUACUUUCACACCUUCACGGGGCCAAAGUCGCAACUGGAGUUCCCAUCUGGAGCUUGAUUUUUGUUUUGUUUUUCGUUUGCUGCAGGGCCUAUGCUGGUGGGUCCCAAAUUUACUGGGUCAACAAGGGGCAGGGAUAUUGAUAGCCUUUUCUGUGUCUUCCUAGCGCAUUUCAAGGAUUUUCCCAUCAGUCGUUUGAAUUGCUGUCCAAACAAUGUUUAGUGACGUCGUACCUGACACGGCUUAGUCGGGUAUUUCCGGACUGAGAAUGUAGUUAAUUUUUUCUUUUCGUUCGGGGAAGAAACAUCAUCCCGGUGAAUUGGUUUUCGAUGAGGAAUUUUUAUUUUCGGCACUAUGGCUUAAGUUGCAAUCUCGAAUACAAAUGUCCACAGCUGUAUACCGAAUCUUAAAGAGGGACGAUAAAUAAACAAGAAAAUAUUUGUAAUAAACCAUGUGAGAAUGGAAUAUAAUGCAAGCACUAGGCCAUUGUAUAGAAGCAUCUGGAAAA